AAGGCCUCUCUGGUGAUCAUGGUUGACAUGUUGCCAUGGAGUAAAAUGGCGACUAGCCGUAAACUCAUCAGAGAUGUUGCAAAAUCCAGACGCGUGUCACAGAUUAUUUUGUAACUCUAUAGAAACUGCUGUGCAGCUUUAAAUUUACAUUAUAUUUUAACAUGAAACUAUAAAGUUACUACGAAAAUGCAAGGCGAAGUCUAUUUACGACAAACAUCGGUGAGUCCACAUAACAUCACGCGGCACGCAUAAAUCGCUGAGUGCAACGAGCAAGAGGUCUUUAUUUCUGAUUACGAAGUAAAGGCAGCAGUUAUAAAUCUUGAUCUGGAGAAAGUGAGCUGCAAUGCCUACACAAAGAAAAGGCAGUGUGCAAGGCAUACAAAGACCACAAGUGCAUGUAGUGACAGGUGGAGGUGGAUUUCCUGGGUUUUCUUUGGGCAAGAAACUGGCAGAAAAGGGCCAUCAAGUCCGACUAUUUGACAUCAAAGAACCGGCAUGGAAACUUCAUGAAGGAAUGAAUUUUAUACAGGGUGACAUCCGGAACUAUGAAGAUGUCUGCUCUCUUAUAGAGGGUGCAGAUGUUGUUUAUCACAUGGCUUCCUAUGGGAUGUCGGGCAGAGAACAGCUGAACAAGAAGUUGAUUGAGGAAGUCAACAUUGGCGGAACUGAAAACGUUUUACGAGCUUGCCUGCAGUGCAAUGUCACCCGCCUGGUGUACACCAGCACCUACAACGUCGUCUUCUGUGGCCAGGAGAUCCGUGAUGGCGACGAGAGCUUGCCCUACGUGACCGACGACAAGUUCGUUGACCACUACUCCAAGACCAAGACGCAGGCCGACAAGAGAAUCCUGGCCGCCGACGGCACGUUGACCACCAACGGCUCGGUGCUGCGCUGCUGCGUGCUGCGACUGGCAGGCGUCUACGGCCCGGGGGAGCAGCGCCACUUCCCCCGCAUCGUGUCCUACCUGGAGCAGGGCCUGGUGCAGUUCACCUAUGGUGCCCGAGAUGCACUGGCUGACUUCUUGCACAUAGACAACUUGGUGCUCGGCCACAUGCUGGCCGCCAGCGGACUCACCCAGGAAAAGGAGUUCAUUGCGGCAGGCCAGGCCUAUUUUCUCUCUGAUUCAAAACCAGUAAAUUCUUUUGAGUUCUUCCGUCCGUUGAUAGAAGGUUUGGGCUACAAAUAUCCGAGGAUAAACCUCCCACUAGGCUUAAUCUUCUACUUUGCACUCCUCACUGAAAUGGUGCAUUGGCUGGUGAGGAGAUUCUACAACUUCCAGCCAAUACUGACAAGAGCAGAGGUUUACAAAACUGGGGUGACUCAUUACUUCAGCACACAGAAAGCUAAAAGGGAGUUGGGCUACGUCCCGAUAGUGCAGAAUGACUUUCGGAAAGUGGUUGAAUACUUUAUACAGACUGGCCAUAAGAAAAAGAAAUCUGGAUCAUCACCUCUGAAGCACUUUAUUAUUAAUCUAAUCAUUGGCUUUAUUUUUGCUGCUUUUAUAAUGUCAUACCUUCCUCUUGUCCGGUAGACAUUUAAGUGCUUCAACACUGCUACCUUAAGUCUUCUUUUAAACAUUUUAGUAUUUACACAUAUGUUGUUUUCUGGGACUAAGAGUUUUGGUAGAAUUUUUAUUCCUGUAAUUCUGGAAAAUUUGUCAUUAAUAGGUGUUGGGAUGUGCUUCCUCACAAAGACAUGGUUUUCACAACACAAGACUGUCACAUCUUAAUAAUAUAAGAGAUGAGUCAUACUAACUUAACAGGAAUAUAACCAUGAUUUAUUUCAUGCUCAUGGUUCUUCAUCAUCAGUUCUGUUCUUUCUAACAUUUGAUGACAAUAUAUUCAGCACAUGAUGAUGUGGUGGUUCUGCUAACAUCUGAAAGUAUACUCAGAUAAGACAUCAAAUGGUCUAGAGUUUGUUUUCCAGCAUUAAACUGAUCACACCAAAUAAAACAUAUUAGUUACCAUUCCAAAAAUCUGAACUAGGGGCAGGAAAGCCUAAUAAGGUCUUUAUUUAUUGCCUUUAUUGAUGCACCUGCUGAAGCACGUUUGUCAUCUCCCAGCUUCAGCAAAUGAUCAUAGUUUGCUAGCAAAUGGAAAUGACAAGGGUUUAUGCUUAAAGGUACCAGGUCAUGGUGUUGCAAGCUUACAGCCUCAUGAAACAAUCUUUCGCUAGUUUAAAUGGAGGGAAAGGGUUUCCACUGCGGGGAUUUUGCAUGAUUAGAGAGUAAGGAACAGGUUGUAGAUGGGGUUUGUGGUCAGCUGCUGUAGAGAAGAUGUAGCCUGCACAUGGUGGGUUUUAGCUAUUGAUAGCGUUCACAUUCAAAUAAUAAUAAUACUGAAGUAGUAAGUGCCCAUUCUUGCUACAGAAAUUCAUAUAUCACUAUCUUUUUAGACAACAAAAGGGAGUUACACAUUGGUGCUAUCUUGUGCAGUGAGCCCCCUUCAUUCUUUUAAUGAUUUGAUGCAGGAUGGUCAACCUUAAUACUGAUGAUAAUAUAAGCUUAAGUUAAUACAAACCUACUGAAGUAGUUAUGCUGUCAACUCAAUAAAUAUGGCUUUAUAUUUUUAAAACAUAUAUCUCAUUUCAAUGCAACUUAAUUUUUAACCUUUCUUUAAUGGGGUCUUUCCUUCUCUAUUAUUACAAACAGGACUAUAAAAAGGACUACCAACACAAGUAUAAAAACAGUAAAGAUGCGAGGGUGGAUACCAGGGCAUAUUGAUCAUAGUGAUAGAAACGAUUCAUGUCUAUGGUUUGGCAUGUGAAGGGCGGAGUCCAGGGCUGUUUUUCCACCAUUUCUACCUUCCCUGACAGAUUAAAUAAAACAUUUUUAUAAACUUUUAUUCAGCAUCUAAAUGUUUUUCUUAUAUUUGCAAACAUGAUUUUCUCUGCUUGCUUCACUUUUAAUAUGUUUAUCUUCUUAGGCUUGCUUGGAAUUUUUAAAAUUGAUUGAUGCUUCUUACUGUCCUUGUUGGUAAAUUAUGUUGAUGAAGGGGCAGACAUUGACUUUUUAUGCGACCAUGACCUUGUUAUAUUUGUCCUCACAUAAUUUUAUUAGUUUGGCAACUUAAAGGUCUUUGAUGAAA